AUUAUUUUGGACGCCCCUUUUCGAAAAUUUGAAAUUGGCACACAAUGAGUCGUCAUUCACACCACAGUCCUUAUCAAGAAGACUUACAGUUAACAGGUGACUGGGACUUGAAGUUUCUACAAGUGGCACAAGACUUUGGUGAUAUUUCCAACUCCCCUUUGCUCAACAUAGAGACCAAAGAAACAACGCCUUUAUCAUCGGUAAAGUCAAGCACUAAGAAAAAUUCUUCCUUGAAAAAACAAAUAUUCAAAAAUCGAACAAGCGAAGAAAAGCCUAAUAUGGGUUUUCAGUCACCAAUGCGUACCACUGGAACGCCUUCUACGCCUUUCAGGAAAAAAGUGGCGUUCGAAAACCCCGAAUGUUCUACUCCCUUAUCCAAUGCUAUGUUGGAGGAAAAGUUUUCUGCUGUUGAAAAGGAAAGAUUGAUAGCUUACAGAAAAAAGUUGGAAUCCUCUGAAAAGGAAUUGAAAAAAAUGAAAAGUACUUUAGCUGAUGAACAGAAAAAUUCCCAACAGUAUCAAUCCACUAUAGAAUCACUAAAAGUAAGAAUACAAGAAUUAGAAAAUAGAUCGUUGCAAUCGUCCUCCAAUCAUAGUGCGAUAAAAAAUAGACCUUCGCCUCAACUGAGUGUAGAAUCACCAAAUAUACUACAGAUUGAUUCUGAACCUGAAAAUCAACAUCAAAAAGCAAAAGAUGCAAGUGAGUUGAUCCAGAAACUAAGUAUUAAGGAACACGAAUGGGAAGAGUCUGUAGAAUAUAAUCGUAAGCUUGAUACUCAAAUCAAAGCUUUAAGUGAAGAAAACGAGAAAUUAAAGGAGCAGUUGCAGCUUUCUUCUAAACAGAUGCAAGAACAAAUUGAUGAAUUGGCGAACCUUUGUGAACAAGCAUCUAACGAAAACGAAAUUCUUAUACAAGAAGUUACAUCUUUGAAGUCCACAUUGGAAGAGAAGGAAAAGAAUGAACAAGAACUACAUACUCAAUUGAAUAUGAUGAAAGAAAAGAUAGAAAGCUCUUCACAACAGGAACAACAGAUGCAAGUCAAAUUAGAACAAGAAAAUAGUGACUUGAAGAGACAACUGGAAGAAACGACAAGAAGGCUUGAGAAAACCUUGGAGGAGAUAACUGAAUUAAAGACAGAGAAACAUAGUUGGGAGGAAAAUGGGUCUAAUUGGAAGCAGCAACUUGAAAAACUUGAAAUGGAAAACGAGGCUUUACAAAAUCAAAUCCAAGAUAUUCAUCUGACAUGGGAAACAGAGAAAGGAGAAUAUGAAAGCUACAAGCAACGUCAAGAGGAAUACAUAAAGAAUCUUGUUGAACAAAAACAAAACAUUCAAGAUGAGUUCACCGAGACAAGGGGAAAAUAUGAAACCUUAAAAAGCACCAAAACUAUCUUGGAAGAGAAAAUUGAAUCCAUGAAACAGGAGAUGGAUGCCAUGAAACAAAAGGAAUCUAAGUUGAAUGAAAGGUGGGAAACUACUUGUCAAGAAAACCAAUUCACCAAGAAAAAACUGAAUGACAGUCAACAAGAAUAUGAACGACUCCAGCAAGAUUAUGAGAAGCUCCAAGAUGAUAUGAAACAGAGAGAAGAAAGUAAUGAGAGAACAAGAAAGGAGCUUCAGGAACGAGUUCAUGCACUUGGAAAUGAGUUGGAAGCUACAACACUAAAAAUGCAGAGUCUGAAUGAAGACAUGCAACUCCAACACGGACAGUUUGAUGAUCUAAAACAGGAAAUGGAGCAACUCACCAAAGAAAAGAAAGAAUUGCAAACUCUUCUACAAAAAGAACGAGAGGAAAACGAACAAUUAGAGAAGAGUUUGGUGGAAAGACAAAAUGAAAUAGAAAAGUAUCGAUCCCAAUAUGAAGAAUUAGUGGAACAGUUCAACAAGAAGAUGCAAUCUCUUGAAUCUGAUGACGGUAAUGAAAGACUCGAAGAUAGAGUUGAAGAAUUAUCCUUACAAGUAGUUGAUCUGACAGAACAGUUGCAAAGACUUGAUGAGGAGAAUAGCAGACUGAUUUCCGGUGAUUCUCAAACUAAGCAUAAAAUACAAUUCGUGGCAAAAUUGAAAGAAGAAAAUCGUCAGUUACGCAAUCAAUAUCUUGAGCUACAAAGUCGUAUGCGAGAACUUCAGCGUAAACUUGCGCCAACACCUGCAAAACCAAAAUAUCGUUUGCCGAACUCUUCCAAGUCUAUUGAAGAAGAGAACAGAAGCGGUACCAAAAAGAAAGAAAAUUCCACAAGUGGCUCUAAAAAGGAGAGUUUGCAAGAGACUCGUAAGCAACGUCAAAAGGAACACCCUUACUUGACGAGGUCUCGCGUUCCUAACCUAGACAAGGAAAAUGAACAGAGCAACUUGUGACAAGUCUCUCGCACUUUGUCUCUAGAAGAGCUUCGCCACGUCUUUUGUUCAACCCACUAUUUGUUUCGGAUUGUGGAUAAAAACUAUUCGUACAUUCCUCAUGAGACUCUAUCCUGUCAUAUGUCCAAAUGUACUAAAGACCAACACUUGAGAAUUUUCAUGGC